AUGUAUGAUCAUAAAACGUUUAAGGAUUUGUUGCAAUUCUAUGAUAACCUGGAAAAGGAAGAAGUGUUGGUUUUAUUUUUCCACAGUACCUUGUUAGAUAAUAAUUAUAUAUAUGAAUUGAAGAGUGAGAAGAAAAUUGUUUUUUCAGAAAAUGAAAAUCUUGAAAUAAAUGAUUCAUAUGUAAAAUAUAAAAUUGAUAAGAGGAAUAAUGAUUUCCUUAUAACAAGAAUAUUAAUCCAUCCAGAAUGGAGAAAUAAUAAUCAUAAUUAUAAUUUUACAUAUAAACAAAUACAAACAUCUGAUACAUAUAAUUUAAAUAUAUUAAAAAUUGGGAACUCUUUAGUUAUACAACUAAUAGAUAUAGAAGAUCCAUCAUCUAUUCAUUCAUGUACGAUUAAUAUUCAUGAGUAUAUCAAUAAAAAUAUGCCAGACAAAUAUAUUCAUAUAAAUAAUUUUAAUCAAUAUAUUUAUAUAGACAAAUUACAAAAAAUAUUUCAAACAAAUAUUUUGAAUUAUAUGAAUCGAAAAAAUAAAAACAAAGAAACAAAUCAUAUAAAUAUAAAUAAUAUUAAUACAUGUCAAACACAAGAUAUUACAAUAAAAACACAUACGAAUAAUUUUGAUAAAAAUUAUUUACUACAUAAUUUUAAUGAUACUUAUUUUGAUGAUAAAAAUCCUCCCAUUCUAACAAAUACUAAUUUGCCAAGUAUCAACCAACCACAUCCAAUUUUAAAACCUGAUGGUCUUUUAGUUGGACCAAAUAAUAAAUUUUUUAAUCCGGCAAAAUUAAGAUAUGACCCUAUGGGCCCUUUUGGAAAUGAACCAAAUUCUGACAAUAGACCUUUCGAAUUUCAAAAUAAUUUCCCCUUCUAA